UAAUGAAAUUCAUUGCACUAGCGAUGUUAGUGAUGUUAGCAACAUCACAAGAAUUCGUAGAAUUUUACUCUGCUUUUUCAAAUGCAGAUGUAGCUUAAUUGGAGGGAUGGACAAUUCAAGGAUCUUUGUCAAAAGCUUAACCUGAUAAUUUCUUUACUUGUUCAGAUGCCACUGUCUUUGGAGGACCCAAGGCAUUUGGUAAAAAUGCAAUAGUUACGAAACAAUUUUAAUUACCUCCUCAUUUUUAGAUUAAAAUAUCAGUUGAAGUUUGGAAGUAUAUAACAAUCUAAAAAUUUUAGAUUUGAUGCAUGGGACACAUAGAGAUAGUUCUUUUAUUUGGAUAAUUACCUCUGGGAAACUAUGUGGACUGGAAGUGAUGGAACAAAGAGAUGUGCAACUCCAGCAGGUGGUAAUGUAAAUUCUUUCUAAGUUGAUUAAACAAUAACUCAUAAUCAUGCAGCAUUAUUUAUUGCAUUUGCAUCUUCAGCUGAUAAGACAGCAGAUAAAGUAUAAUUUUUUUAAUAAUCUUUAGAUGUCUUGGGGUUUUAGAAACUUGAAAUUAUCUUAUUUGGCAUGUCCAACAGAAUGUGGUACAUGUCUUGGACCAGAUGCUAUUGUUUGUUAAAUGUGGGUACCUGUAUCAUCAAGUUGGAUAAAGAAUGUAGAAGCUGAUGGAUGGAAUGUUAAAGGAUCUUCAAAUGUUAUUAAAACAAGCACUUGUGCAGGAAUUCCAAUUGUUGGUGGUCCUGGUAAUUUUGGUAAUAAUGUGUCAAUUUAAAAAAUCUUUGAUAAGCUUGUACCACAUUAUAGAAUUAAAGUGAUAGCAUAAUUUUGGAAGAUUGAUAAUUGGGAUAAUGAUAAUGCAGUUUUGUAUAUUGAUAAUUAAGAAAAAUGGAAAUAAAAUGUAGCUUAAGUAGAAGAUAAAGAAUUCUUCAUUUGUGAUAAGAUUACUCCAGGAGGUGUUGAUGCAACAGAAAAGAUUAUUAAUGUAAACUUUGAAUCUCCUCAUAAUUAUGGUGCUGCACUUGUAAAAUGGACUGCCACAACCAAAAAAUCAUCAAAAUAAGCAUCUUGGGGUAUAAGAUAAUUCCAACUUUAUGUUGCAUAAUGUUCAAGUAACUGUGCAACAUGUACUGGACCAAGUGCUGAAGAUUGUACAGCUUGUGUUUCUCCUUAUAUAUUAUUGGAUCCAGAAGAUGGAAAUGGUUCAGGUUGUAUAUUAAAAGGAGAUUGGGUUGAAUUUACAUCAGAAUUUUAAGGUUCAAGUUGGACA